ACGCCAAAUCCCAAGUUGAAAUGAAGCUUGGAGGAAUGUUUGGGAAUCUGGGGGUUUCUCUAAUGGAGAAUGUCUGUAAAAUCAGAAGAGUUGUUGAAGAACAAUGCCUUCAACAUGGUUGCUAUGGAAACAAUGCAAAAGGAACUCGAACUUACCAAGUUUGGCCAGGGAACAAUGUGUUUUUCUUCCAGGGUCGACUUGUAUGCGGCCCAGAUCCAAGAGGGUUGCUCCUGACAGCUGUUUCUAUACUUAUUUCAAGUUGGAUUUUCACCAUUUACAUUGGAUAUGAUUUACCAAAGACUAAUUCCACUCUUAUUGUCAGUAUAUGUUUGAUUCUGACUGUGAUGGUUCUUGUCAACUUGAUUCUGGUUAGUGCAAUUGACCCUGGAAUCAUUCCUAGAAGUGAACAAGCAAUAUCUCUUGAAGAUAUCGGUACCAGUAGUAAUUGGACUCGGAGGAAGAAGGUAACUGUUAAUGGGGUGCAACUGAAACUAAAAUAUUGUCGGAUUUGUAGGAUUUUUAGGCCACCAAGGAGUUGCCAUUGCGCCAUAUGUGACAAUUGUGUUGAAAAAUAUGAUCACCAUUGUCCAUGGGUUGGUCAGUGUAUUGGGCUGAGAAACUAUCGCUUCUUUUUGACAUUUUUGAUAACAGCACUAGUCUUCUUUAUCUACAUAUUUGCUUUCUCUUGCUGGAGGAUCCAACAAAGAACGUUGGAAACUGGUACUGGGUUGUUUGGAAUGCUAAGGAACUGCCCUGAAACCUUGGCAUUGACAGUGUUUAGCUUUGCUGCCAUUUGGUUCCUAGGUGGCCUUUCUAUUUUCCAUUCCUAUUUAAUUGCAAUAAAUCAGACGGCUUAUGAGAAUUUUCGGUACCGCUACGUGGGCUCUUCAAAUCCAUAUGACAAAGGAAUAAUAAGUAACAUUAAAGAGGUGCUAUUUGCACCUUUACCACCUUCUGGAGUUGAUUUCAGGGCUGAAGUGAUUCCAAGGUAGAGCACGGAUGAUGAGAUGCCAGUCUGAGGUGAACGGUGAACUAUUUGUAAAUGAAGUAGCUGAUGCAGAUUGAGAAAAGUGUAUUAUGCUAUUUUAGGACAAGUA